CCCUGCUCGCGGUCUCCCCCCAAAAUUUCCUUUCACUUUCGGUCUCUGGCUGUCACCCAGCUUGGCCCUUCCACACCCAGCUGGGGCAAGCCUGACCCGGCCACAGGCAUGAGGGGCUCUCGGCCGAGAUGAUAGUGCUGGCGCCAGCCUGGAACCCAAUUUCCUCACUGCUGCUGCUGCUGCUCCUGAGCCCUGGCCUCCGGGGGACCCCUGACUGCUCCUUCAAGCACAGCCCCAUCACCUCCACUUUUGCAGUCACCAUCCGCAAGCUGUCUGACUACCUGCUUCAAGAUUACCCAGUCACUGUGGCCUCCAACCUGCAGGACGAAGAACUCUGCAGGGCAUUGUGGCGGCUGGUACUGGCCCAGCGCUGGAUGGAGCAACUCAAAACAGUGGCCGGGUCCCAGAUGCAAGGCCUCCUGGAGGCUGUCAACACUGAAAUACACUUUGUCACCUUAUGUGCCUUCCAGCCCCUCCCCAGCUGCCUUCGCUUCGUCCAGACCAACAUCUCCCACCUCCUGCAGGACACCUCCGAGCAGCUGGUGGCUCUGAAGCCCUGGAUCACCCGCCGGAAUUUCUCUCAGUGCCUGGAGCUGCAGUGCCAGCCCGUCCUUCUCUCCCCAGACUCCUCAACACUGCCGCCCCCAAACAGUCCCGGGGCCCUGGGGGCAACGGCUUGGCCAGCCCCGCAGUCCCACCUGCUGUUCCUGAUGCUGCUGCUGCCCGCAGCCCUCCCGCUGCUGGCCACUUUCUUGUGUCUGCGCUGGCGAAGGGCGAAUGGACGCCCUGCCCCUCAGGUGAGGAGCAGGUGCCGCCUGCCUCCAGUCCCCAGGGUGUGCUGCUUGCGGAGUGCUGACCUGGCCCAGGCCUCGUCUUGGACACUGAGGCCCAGCGAGAGGAUUCACCUAUCAGAGGACACAGACCCAGGACACAGAGGAAGAAGGCUACAAACUGGUCCCUUCCUAGGCUCCAUUGCCCCUCUGACUUUCUCCCCAGGAUGGAGGGUAUGCCAGAACUCGGCCCUCUGUAUAAAACCCUUGUCCCUAUGAAAUUGUAUAUAAAUCGUUCUUUUCUAUC